AUGGAUGUACUGUUGAAUAAUCAAACAACUAGUUAUAGUGAUGAUCCGAAUCGGUUAUGGGUUGAUAUUGAUCGAGGUAUUCGUUCCAAAGAGCCUCAACGACAAUUUGAAGCUAUCUUAAAGAUACCUAGUCUGUUUAAUAAACAAUCAACAUCAACGACACUAUAUUCGGCAGCAUUGAUCCAGUUAGCGACGUUGUUUCAAGAAGGGAGUAAUGAAAUGCGCUUAAAUGUAACCAAAGUUCUCGAUCGAGUGGCAAAUCGAUUUCAUAAAUCUGCGAUGUUAGACGAUCCUAUCAAGUUAAUCUAUUCGGUGAUGCACAGUAAUGAUUGCAUUGCUCGUGCAUUAACAUUAAGAGCACUGGGGAAAAUGGCUCAUGUUUUAGCAGAUGAUGUCGAGGCUCAUCUUCAUAUUGGCCAUGCGCUCGAUUCUAACGAUGAAAUGGAAAUAUUAGCUGCAGUGAGAGCAGCAAAAAAGUUUAUUCCGUGCUCAAAAACAUUUGCUAUGUCUAUCAGUACAAAACUUGUCUCAUUGAUCGAAGACGUAACAACACCGUUAACGAUGAAAUCUUGGCUGGUUCCCUUGUUUGAACAGAUGACUCAUGAUGUUACUGUCUCAAUGAAAGGUCGUCAACUGUUAAUAUCACUGAUAUCCAAUGAUGCAACAGAAGAAUUUCUUCAAAUAGCUGUUCCAACAUUAGCACACUUAGCUGUUAAAAGUCAUAUUGAAAUUGGUGAAACAGUAACCUUUUUUCUUCAGUUUCUCAAACUAGAACCACGUCAAAGUUGCCGAAAAUUAAUCCUCUCUCAUCUUGUUCCUAUUGCUCGAUGUGGAUCUAUUGUCUGGCUAGAUUCUACAACUGAAGAUCUCAUUCAAUAUGCUAAUAAUAGUGAUAACGAUUACGUUCGCUUACAAGUUCUAAAAAUCAUCGAAGCAUUGAUCAACGGUGGUGGUUAUAUCUCUCCAAAAUGUGCGCCGGAUUUGAAAAAACUUCUUCAAAUGUUUACCAUACAUAAUAAUAUUGAACUUGCUUAUCAAUGCUGUUCGACAACACUUCGAAUAGUUUUGAAAUAUCGAAAUACCUCACAUAUAUCAUCCACUCCGUCUCAAAAUAACGAAUUAUUUUCUUCGCAAGCUGUUCUUGACGAUCUGACUGAUUAUCUCAAUACGACGUUAGCUGUUCUUCUAACUGAAGAAAUACAAUGCAAUCAUAUCAAAGAACUACAAGACACUCUCAAUUUAAUUGAACAGUUAUCACGAGCCUACACCGAUAGUGCACAAAAUUUCAUUCAUCUGCUUUUCACCACACGUGGCAAUGUUGAAAAUCCUGAAAUCUUAACGUACUUGACCAAAUCCCUUGUUCGUUUAUCUAUCAAUCAUACAGAAAUUAUUACUAAUCAAAUUGUCGAAUUACGUCGUUUGUUAGCACAUACAUCAUUAAAUGAUGAUGUUCGAUACAAUCUACUUGCUUUAUUUGUUCUUUCCAAUCCCAGUGAUAUGAACGAAAUUCAAGAGCAUAUCAAUCAGCUUUCGUUAUGGAAAUGCUUUCUACUUGCUCGUUGGUGUAUUCGACAUUGUUUAUACAAACUAGCUAUUGAACUUUUACAACGAUUGCUUACUCAUGUUCAUGUCUCAGCACAUGUGAUGUGGCUGGAAGCACUAAUCGAUAUGUGUCGAGGAGAAGAACGAUUACAAAUAUUGAUGAACUCGUCAAAAAACGACUUACAGAUACUUUGUGAUAGUCUAGCUGAAGCUGGUGCGUUCUAUGAAUCUAGUUUAAUACAAAUGCCUAGAAAAUUGUCGUAUGAUGACGAUGAACGUUCGAAUGACACACAAUUUACAUUUGAACGAGCCUAUUGCAGUAUUCGUUCAUCGAUUCUUCAGCAUUUCUAUGAACUUAUCCAUACUAUCUAUCAGUAUGAUCUAGGGAUGGUUAGUUUUGAGUUGCUUGGCAAACGAAUGUUGACUAUAAUGGCCAAACGCUUUUCUACGAUAAGUUCAAAGAUCAACAACAUUCAGCAACAGUUUUGUUCAGAUAAAGACACGCAAACCAUAUGGUGUUUAACAUUUAGUCGUUAUCUCUGCGAUAUUAUCUAUGCUGUGAUCGAGCGGAUUAUUCGACGCGUUCCACUUGAUAAAACUAUUUGGUUCAACCGACUCAAUGAAAUGUCAUGGCGAGAUGGAUUCACUGAACAAAUGUUUAUUCGCUUACAGCAUGUUAUCGAGUUUGUAUGUACUCGACUACAUGGGAAAAAGACAGCAAAGAAGAAUGCAAAUAUCGACGAAGAAUUAGCUAUUCUUCAGUAUCUGGCAACUUCGUUGAUAUCCAUCUCUCCAGCAAUUCCACGAAUGUUCUUCCAGAAACUACAGAAAAGCAAUACUAAAUUGACAGCGGGUUCAUCAAGUGAAAAUCAAGAUCGUUCAGCGCUUGAAUCAAGUUAA